AUGUGUCCAUUUUUGAUACAAUUAAUUUUUUUUCUUAAUAUUGUUUUUUCUUUUAAGGCCAGAGAAGAUGAGAUUUCCUCUGAGGAUAUCAAAAAAGUUGGUGAAGUAUUAAGAAACUUGAAUGUUGGGUGGAGUGGUCCAUUUCCAGUCAGAGUGGAGGAGCCAAAAAUAAGUGGUGGUGGUGCUGCAGGAUAUGGAGAGGAGAAUGGUAGUGAGUUUGUUGCUACAGCAGGUGGGACACUGUUGCCAAGGAUACCAUAUGAAGAGGGAUUUCGUCGGCUUGUAGUGCGAAUCGACCAGAUUGGGUUGAAGGAUGCUCAUGUUUACCUGAACCCUUUUUUCACUGUCUCCGUUAAAGAUGCUAACAGUGUUAAUGUAACGUCACCUCAAGACACACCCAUGUCACACAGGAAAGAUGGAAAAUUCAUCAUUUUUGGCAUUGAUGUAGAAAUUCAGAAACCUAUAGAAAAACUACCGAGAGGUACAGCGAUAUUCUUCGAGUUCAAGCAUUACAAACCCAAAAAGGACAUCGUGAGCACAAAAUGCUUUGCGUUUAUGGAGCAGGAUGAAAUAAAACCCGGCCCUGCUUGCAUAGAGCUAUAUCAAAAACCAACAGACUUUCAUCGCAAGAGGUUAAACCUUUUAACGCAAAAGCCGCUCUACCUUCAUGUCACGCUCAACAUCCUGGAUGACUGAACUGUCGUACAAAGAGAGGUGUUCUUACCUUAGGUUAAUUUUAUGUAGGAAUCAAUAAGUAAGCAGGUUGCGAAGUAUUAAAUCUACUCACCCACAAAGGAACAUUCGUUAUAAUAAACUAGGCUUGCGUACAAAAUGUAAUAUUUUAUAUAAUAUUUAGUUAAUUCUACUUAAAGGGGUACCGUAAAAGGUCCUUUAAGCUCCUAGGAGUCUUUUCAAGACCUUUCAACGGGUACUUAUCAGAUAGAGGGAAGGUUAUUUUGUUAUUUAACUUACAUACGAAAAGAGAUUUUAUAAAAGCAAAUGUGCUAAGCUGGGUAAUGUACAAGCAUAUAUCGUAGAUGUCGGAAGUAACGAACCCUUGAAAGUAGCGGCGAUCGGUCAAAAGUAACGUUAAAAAUUUCAUGGCUAUUACUCAACAAAUCUCAUAAUUAACCCGGCCAAUCUAUCGGUAGCGACCUCAAAGCUAAUUUGAUUCGUCAUGGGAAACAAAUGCAACGAGGUGAGCCAAAAUGAUCAGAUAUUUGAGUUAGAUUAUUCUAUCUCAAAGGCGAUACGCUUUACCUUUUUAAAGUAACAUCGAUUUCGACAAGAUUUCUUUCUUCCCUCUAUAAUUAUAUUAAAAACGUUUGAUUUGGCUCACUUGAGGUACAAGUUUCCGUUAGCCGGGAGGAGAGACACUGCAAAAGUAGCAAAAGAACUGGUAAGGCUGCUAAUUUAUAGGUUCGUUAAAAUUUAUUGCUUAAAUUUACCCCAUUUGCCUCAAAUUAGGUCUUUUCCCGUUCAUCAUUUGCCUUGACUUGCCUUCUUAAGGCUAUUGUCAACAAAAUAGCGUGCGCUGGAACCACAGAAAACUGUAUAUCAUUUUAUUAUAUGGCCGUGUCUCACAAGGAUUGGGAACUGCCAAAUUCACGACUUUGAUUGGCUGAAAUCAAUAUUGGCCGCAGUCUAGAUUUUCCCAUCUAGACCGGCAUCUAGACCGGUAAUGUUUUGCAGUGAAAAAGUUGCAAACUAGAAUGCAAAUUGACUAUUUUCUUCUAACGAUGUUUAUUAAUGGAGUGCCAAAAACCUUGGUGAGAAAAAAAAGUAAAGAGGACGAGCAAACUUUGGCAGAAUUAAAUUCAGCUCAUCGCUGUUCGCAC